UGGCGUAUUGAAAACAACGAAAGUAUGAAAUAGGAAUAAGGAUAUGUCGAUAUUCGUCUGUAUCAAAAAGGAUUUUAGAAAGCUUGAAAAGGUUAUUUCAUUCUCUCCAUGUUUUACGUUUUAUUAUUUUGUUUUGACAAAGCGAUGAUCUAGUAAUUUCACUAAAAAACGUGACCACUGCGAGUAAUGAAAUCGUAUGUACAAGAUGAAAAAUGGAAACGGUCUUAAGCGGACUAAAGUUGUCCAAGAUGAGAAUGAGUCAAAACGCACAUCUGAGAGCAAGGAGAAAAGCGACAAACAAAAGCGGAAAAGGGUGAAAAAGCGAAGAAGCUCGAGUUCUCCAGAAGAAGAUAUAAUUGAUGGCUUUGUGAUCACAUCCUUUUCUAGUCUGCAAAGUCUAGAGACUGUGACAUCAGAUAUUUCAUGUGGCAUUAAUGGGAAACAUGAGGAAGAAAACAUCUCUAAGUCCAUAGAAGCUCCUACCAAACCUGUUGUGGGUAAACCAAAAAAAAAUAUCACUUGCAAUGUUGAAGCUUCUUCAGAAAAACUAAACCUUACAACAUGCAAAGCUAAUGUUACAGAAAUAGAGAGUUUUGGUCAAAAAUCAAAUGGAUCCAAGAGAUUACCUGGGGAGUCGAUUGGUCAGUUAACUGAUGAUAGUUCAGAGUCUGGAAAUUCGGAGAAAGGCUACAUUUGUGAUGAGGACAGUGAAGAAGAAAAGGUUUCAAAAGAAAAGAAAACAGAUUCAUGUAAUGAGCCAUCUCAUGUAGAUACAAAAGUUGCUAUGAUCCCAGUUAAAGUGGAUCUCUCGCAAGAAAAUAACGAAGGCAAAUCGCUAGACCUAAAGGACGCGAUUCACACCAAUUUUCACUCAACGUCCAAGGCAGCUCUCUCUCAAGUGUCUUCUAUCUCAAUGUCGUCUGCAUCUCUAGCACAGUCUUCUCAAAGCUCUUGGCCACCGCGUUUGACUUCGUUUAAGAAACCGUUGUCUGUCGUUGAACCUAGUUAUGGAUCAACUUCAUUUUCAGGGACGGAGGUUUUGCAUCAAGAGUUAAACAACCGUUUUCUACAGUCACACUCGGAGUUGGAGCGAAGCUCUCAAAAUUCCAAAUCCAGUAGUCAAGAGAUGCAUCAACAUUCCCAUCUCCAUCAUCAUCAACAUCAACACCAGCAUACCCAUUAUUACCCCUCACCGCUCCUUAGCACUCCCUAUUUUCCAACACCAACACCUAUGCAUGGAGUAUUGUCACCAUUUUCGACAACAAAACAAGGCUAUAGUUCUCGUGUCAUACCUCCAUACAGCAAGAAACCUGGCAAAUGGUGCGCAGCACAUGUGCAUGUUGCUUGGAAAAUAUAUUGUCAUCAACGUGUACAAGGAGAAUUAUCGAAGGAUGCUGUGACACACGAGGGGUUAUCAGGGAAUAAACCAAGAACAACUACAAUAAUCCCUCCGUGUUCAUCACGUCAUAUGUCCUCUAAUGACAUUGGUUAUCAUUCUUCUCAUUUACGAAGGCUUUCGGAUUCUCCAUUUGGUAAACCGCCUGUACUCAUUCCAUGUAAUAGUCCUCCUACUUCCGUUGUUACGUCAUCAGUAUCUGCAUUUUCAUCUGUCUCUUCACCACCUCUAUUAACCUUGCGACGUCCAAGCACACCAAAUUCCUUUUCACGCUCCCUGUUAGAAACAAAUCAACGACGUUCGCCAAACUCCGGAGCAUCUACCCUCUAUCCCUGGCUUAAACUAGAAUCAAGAACUCCAGAAUUAGAUUCGAUUCGAACAAGGGAGCAUUUUAAUAAACGAGAAUCUCGUACUCAUACCCCUCCAAGGCCAAGCAACUUUAGCAUUCAGACCCUUGCUGGUGAGCGGACAGAAACGGUUCGACCCAAUCCUUUAAGGGAUACGUCUCGUAUGCACUUCUCUCGAGAGUUAAGAGCAUUUGAUUCGCGAUCGUUUGCAGACAAUCCACUUGCUGCAACUUUUGGGGCAUUAGAUAAGAGACCUAUAGAUUGUCGCCCAACGUCAGGCUCAAUUGAUCUCAGUCGAAAUUCUCUUUUUCCACGACUGGAUCCAAUGCAUUCAUUAUAUUCUCAUCACGUGACUCCAAUGUCAUCUCACAUACCAUCCGGCUAUGUGUAUCCAAGUCUUGCUGAUUAUCAUCAUCCUCCACCUAGUCAUUCAAUGGUUUUAGGUACCAGGGAUUAUUUGGCAUCUUUUUCCCGCCCAGCCGAUAUGCCUUUUUACUUCAGACGCGACAUGGACGAUCGCCUUGCUGGAGGGAGACGCUGACUUCUAUCGUGCUGGAUGUACAUAUUUGUAGUUGAGCAGUUUUGAGGGACACGAAAGUGAAUGUUUUUGCCGUUUUUGACUUUCGCUGUUGUGUUUAACAGUGUACUUUUAGAUUAAAGAAAGACAUUUAACUUAAAAGAUGUUAGAAAUAUAAAGAUAAUAUAAAAUGUAAUAUUGCAGUGUAAAGAUAAUGCAUAUAUAUAAUGCUAUUAAAGAUACAAAUUGUAAAUUUUUCGCACAACUAGUUAAAAAUUGUGCUUGAUAAACUAUAAUGUUGUGUUAAAA